AUGGCAGAGACUGUAAUUGUCCUCAGUACAACUGAAUUGGAAGGAACCUUUGGUGUGUUAUUCAUUGGUUACAUUUUAACCAUGGUGGCAUAUGGGUUCACUUUCUUUCAAACGUAUACCUAUUAUUCCCGUUUCCCACUGGACCAUAGAGGCCUCAAAGCGAUGGUAUUGGGCUGUGAUCUUAUAACUGCGUCCGGCGUUUUGCUGAUCCCAAAGCCACUAAUGGGUCAAAGGUCGCUUGCAUCUGGUGUGUACAACAUAUUUUUCAUACUCGGUGCAAAUCUUAAGCAAAAGUCAGUAUUUUCGACACUUUAA